CUGCCGGCCGGCCGCCUCAGUCCGUGACGCGCGUCCGCGGGGACGGCCGUAUACCGCACAGCGCGAACCCGAGCGCCCGCGAGUGACUACUUACGUACACAUGCGCUCCUUAUACUAUAACUCUCCUUUUAUAGUACGAGUGACGCUUCAAUAAUGCUGAUGGUACAGACCAACACUCAACCCAUGAAGAACAGCAAAAUUAAAGGUCCACCUCCUAUCCCGCCGCGGCCCAACCAGAGCGUCGUCGCCGAGGCCCUAGCGAAAACGAGGAAAGCGGUCGCCGACUCCAAGGCCAGCCUCGUCAAAUCUCGGACGCUGUCUAAGGAUCGGCAAGCCACGACCAAAGCCAAAACGUUAGACCGGAGUUCCGCUAGCCCUUCGUCGGUUUCACCCAAACAGAAUGGUUUGGCUAGAGUGAAAUCGUUCAUUAAAGAUGUCAUCAGCGACCGAAGCUCCUCGUCCGAUGAGAGAAAAUCAAGCGGCCAAAACUCCAGGCGGAGCUCCAGCGAUAGCAGCUCCAUACAAUCCCCAGCUUCGAAUAAGAGAUCCAACGAAUCACUUAAUUCUAAAGCGGUUAAAACAUGUAAACAAAUUUUAGUAAGGUCCUUGUCGACAUCGAAUAAAUUAGAUCAAGACGCUAAGGGUAAAGUCACGAAAUCAUCAAGUUUCGUGGAAAAAACCUUACCUUUGCGUAAAGCACCACCGCCGCCUUUAUCACCAAAACCUAAGUUGAAACCAAUGAAACCCUUACCUGUACAUAGGAAUUCCUUAGAAAGAAAGAAAUCAAUACCAUCGUCUCCAAAUUCCCCAACGACUUCAACUCCCGAUGUAAGUCCGUAUUCGUCGCCAGUAGAUGCUAAACCUCCACAAAGCCCGACGAUAGAAGCACCUUACGCCACGGUAGAGGAAGUUCAGGAAUUCGACGACAGAUUACGAAAUAGCCCGUCAAAGCAAGUCAAUAACCUCCCGGAUACACAAAACGCCCCCGACACUCCUAAUCGUGACGAAACUGUAAAUAAAAAUAACAAUUCACUCGAACGAAAAACCUCUCGCGUCACUGAGAUGCUAAUUUCAGAAAUAAUUGCAAGUAGAAACAAUAAAAAGAACGAAGCUAAUACAGUAAUAGAUAAAGGCAAGGAUUCCGAGAAUAUGAGUAACGGCAAUGAUUCGCCGGGGAUAGUGAUGAAGGAUAUGAAUAACCACGAAAUGUUGAUAUACGAGCUGCAGACGAUGCGCUCGCAGUCGAGCGUGCCAGAGACGUUGGAGCCAAAGGACCCUGUGGUCGAAACAAGUGAAAAGUGUGAUUCUGAGGACUCCGAACAAAACUAUGCUAUGUCGUCAGUGUCAAAUUACGGUGGGAACACAGAUGAUGAGAGUGACCAGGCCUAUGCGUAUAUUGUAGACGAUGAUCUCAAAUCAAGGUUACGCAAACAGUUCAAAGCCAUCAGCACGAUGUCGCUGCAGGGCCUCCCGCCGCUGCCCAAGAGCCUGAGCGGCUUCGCGGACAACGAGCCGGAGUCCCCGCCCGCCGCCCCGCUGGACGACGAGCGGCCCCCCACUGAUCUCGACUCGCAGCUCACCUAUUUGAAAAAAGAAAUGGCGAGCCUCCGUCAGUUGGACCUGUCGCUGCUGUCGGAGCUGUGGUCGCUGAGCGAGGCCAUGGCGUCCUGGCGCCGGCAGCUGGAGCGCGGCCCGAGACUGCGCCCCGCGCCGCCGCCGCCGCCCCCGCCACACUACCUUAGAACUUAAAUCAUCUUUUCAAUCUCCACUAGUUAACACCGUAAGAACAGACAAACACUUGAAACUUUUCUUAGAAAUUUAGAAUUCU